AUGGGGGGGGGACAGUGGCUGGAGAUGCAGCUGUUCGUCGUGGUGGGCGUGGGCGUGGGCGUGGUGCUGGCGGGCGUGGUGGUUGAGCAGCCAAGGCGUCCGAUGGGGGUUGGGCUGGGCCGGAGCCCGUGGAAGCUCGGCGCAGCGGGUCGUACGGCCGGGCAGAGUACGUCAGCCAGGCGUGCGGGCGGGGAUUGCGUCACUCAGCCACAAUGGUUUGCACCAGCCCGGCCCAGCGCCCGCCGCCCGCCUUCCUCUCCACACGCGCACCAGCACCAGCCUCAGGCGCAGCCACAGCCCCUACAUAUCUAG